UUCUCCAUUCAGCGAGACAGGAAAAAAUUACUGGGGAAUUCUGGGUGGAGCACAGGGUGCGAUCUGCGAUGUCAGUUAAGGCAUAUCUGUCGGGGUCCUAAGCUCGGUGCCCAAGUUAGAGCUGAAGACUGGGUUCCCUUAGGUAUAUACAGCUUCCUGCACUGAGAAGAGAUGCCGUUCCUGAAGCGGCUGGUGGAGCCGACGGAGCUCUGCCGCGACACGCUGCCGGCCGACACGACGCUGCCCAGCGAGCUCGAGGCUGUCACCAACGGCACGCUGACGCACGUGGUGCGCCAGCUGUCGUCGCUGUCGCGCCACGCCGAGGACAUGUUCGGCGAGCUGUUCCGCGAGGCCGAGCGCAUCGUGCACCGCUCGGCCAGCCUGCAGCUGCGCAUCGACAGUCUGGCCGACAAGGUCACGCGCCUGGACAGCACCGUCGAGGAGGUGUCGCUGCAGGAGAUCCACAUGCGGAAGGCGUUCCGCUCCCAGGUGGUGAAGGACCAGGAGGUGGUCAGUCGGCAGAGCAUGCCGGACGCCAUGCUGCAGACGUACCUUGGCUGCGACAAGCCGCCGCCGCUCGACGAACUGAACGUGUUCAGAAACGACGGCAAAGAUGGUCUGAAGUUCUACACUGACCCGAACUAUUUUUUCGAACUUUGGAGGCAAGACAUGUUGAAAGAAAACGAGCGGCUGAUGAGUGAGAAGGGAAGGAAGCCGCACCGGCCGCGGCACGACGGCUCGGCCGGCAGCUCCGGCGGCCGCCAUAAGAAGCGCGUGCGCCAGGCGCAGAACACGCGCGAGCGCCAGCGCCAGGCGGCCGAGGAGCAUGGCGAAUACAUUACACCGCCGUCGCACAGCUCGGCCAGCCGACCGGCGCCGCCGCCACCGCCGCCGGCGCCGCAGCACGCGAUACCGUACGACUGCGACUCACCAUCGGAGCUGGAGCCGCCCCGACCGCCGCCGCCACCACCGCCUCCCGGACUCGGUAGCUGUCUCGUGAACGGCUUCCCCAAGACGGCGCUGGACAUGGAUAAUGAUCCAGCUGAAGACGGUGGCAAGGUGAAGCUGACCCCAGUGACUCCGGCCGCCGCCAAGCCGCCACCCUUGUACGACGCCCGCAGUGACCUGCUGAAGGCGAUCCGGGACGGCAUUACGCUGCGCAAGGUGGAGGUGGUGGAGGAGCAGCGGCGCGAGCAGGCGCAGCCCCUGCACGACGUGGCCUCCAUCCUGGCGCGCCGCGUCGCCAUCGAGGUCUCCUCCGACACGGAGUCCGACUCGGACUCGGACUCGGAGUGCUGGGACGACGAGACCAGCGCCUAGCCGCACCGUCUGGCCGGGGUCCAGAGCGGCGAGUGGUGGACUGCGGCAGCUGUCUCCGCUCACGCCGUGCGGACAGCCGAAGAAGCGCGCUGUCCGGUUCUGUGGUCAUUGAAGGUUGUGCUAGUCACUGGUAUUUUUAUGAAAAGCUCUAGCGCGGUAGUGGUUAGGUUGACUUUGAAGAGAUUGUACGAGUGAUUGGCGUACGCGGCGUGCAUAUUCUUAGAGCGGUUCUUUUCUGGGUCUUCUAAUGCAAGCUAAGGACCAAUGGGUGUCUGUUUCUGUUGAAACCGAUGUGAAACAGAGCAAUAUGCUUUCUUUGCGGGUUAUGCUUAUACCUUGUGGGAGGGACCUCGCUGUGAUUUGCUAAGCGUAUGCGUAUGGGUACGUAUCCGCAACAGGCGUUUACUCGUUGUGAUCCGCGCUUCCGAUUCCAAUGAAUGGUGGAGACGAGUUUUCUUUGGGUCCGCCAUGGUUGGAUGCCUUGGUGGAAAUGAGUUUCCUUCGGGUCCACCAUGGUUGGAUGCCUUGGUGGAAAUGAGUUUCCUUCGGGUCCACCAUGGUUGGAUGCCUUGGUGGAAAUGAGUUUCCUCCGGGUCCACCACGGUCGGAUGCCUUGCUGGACUGACGGCCGAUGGCCAUCCCAUCCCCCAGCGGUGGAUGUUUCUUCCAAUACACGAUUAUC